UUUAUUCAACCGGUCAAUAAACUAUUAGAAAUUGAGUUUUGAAACCUUUCCUUCUGCCACUAAAGCGUGAAAGCCAACCGGUUGCGAUCAGUUACCGUGAACUCUUGAACUAGUUCGGGCAACGUGGUUUGUUUAGUGACAAAAUGGGAACAGCACAAUCGGUUCCCAUAAAAAAACUUGAUGAAAUCAGGUUUCAUCUGCACGACACCGAGCAUGUCGUCAAAACAGAUAGCAUCAACCCUGACACCACUUUAAACUCGUACCUGCGACAAAAUUUAAACUUAACCGGAACUAAAGCAAUGUGCCAUGAGGGCGGUUGCGGCUCUUGUGUCGUUGUUUUGCAAAAAAGGGACCCACUCACCCAAAAAGACUCAUUUUUGGCUGUCAAUUCUUGCCUGAUUCCAAUUUUGUCAUGUAACGGUUGGAGGAUUUACACAGUUGAGGGUAUAGGGAGCCCACUUGUGGGCUACCACCCUGUUCAGCAAAUCCUAGCUAAAUUCAACGGCACUCAAUGCGGUUUUUGCUCCCCUGGCAUGGUUAUGAAUAUGUACGCUUUAUACGAGUCGGGAAAAUUGACAAAGGAGGAAGUCGAGAAUUCGUUUGGGGGGAACAUUUGCAGGUGCACGGGGUACAGGUCCAUACUUGCGGCUUUUAAGUCUCUUUGCACUGAUGCGUGUCCCGAAAUGCGGUCCCCGGACAUUGAGGAUUUGAGGGUUUGUCAGCGAAAAAAUUGCGAAAAGAAAUGUGUCGAGAUUUUGGAGGAGCCGUUCUAUCACCUCGUGGGGGGUUCAAGAUGGAUUAAAGUGUACACUUUGAGGGAUUUAUUUUCAACGUUGUAUUCUUACUCGAGUUUGAAUUAUAAACUAGUUGCUGGGAACACAGCCCAAGGAGUGUUCAAAACUUACUCACAACCUGUCGAUCUUUACGUAGAUGUAACUUCAAUUCCUGAACUUACAUCCCAAGACUUUAAAAAUAAUUCACUUGUUUUGGGGGCUAACACUACACUUACAAAUGCAAUAGAAAUUUUUACCGAAACGUCAAGAAAAAAUCCUAAUUUUGUUUACUUGAAACAGUUGGCCCAACAUAUUGAUUUAGUAGCUAAUGUUCCAGUGAGAAAUAAAGGUACUUUAGCUGGAAAUUUAAUGAUGAAACAUGAUCAUAACGACUUUCCUUCGGAUGUUUUUCUAAUACUGGAAACAGUGGGUGUCCAGUUCACUAUUGCUUUAAUAAAUGGGCAAGAGACGACGUUAAGUCCUCUCGAUUUUAUUAAAAGUGACAUGAAAUUAAAAAUUCUGCAAAAUAUUAUCUUUCCCGAGUUUGCAAGUAAUGUUAAGUUUGUGAGCUACAAGAUAAUGCCCAGAGCCCAGAAUACGCACGCACAUGUCAACGCCGGUUUUCUGUUUAAAUUUGAUAAAGAUUUAAUACAAGAAGCUCGCAUCAUUUAUGGAAAUAUCAACCCCACCUUUGUUCACGCCACUGAAACUGAGAAAUUUCUAGUGGGCAAACAUUUGUUUGACAAUAGCGUGUUGCAACAAGCUUAUGGUAUUUUGUCAAAAGAGUUGGAUCCAAACUUGAUACCACCCGAUCCUAGUCCAGAAUUUCGAAAAAAAUUGGCCGUAGCAUUAUUUUAUAAAGCAAUUUUGAGUAUUGCGCCGUCUGAUAAAACAACACUAAAAAAUAAAUCGGGUGGUUCACUGUUGCAACGGCCAAUUUCAAAAGGAGUACAAGACUACGACACCAAGAAGUCUUUGUAUCCUCUCACUCAACCAAUUCCAAAAUUAGAAGCCCUAGCCCAGACAUCAGGUCAAGCCCAAUACAUUGACGACAUGCCAGACCUACCCAACCAAUUAUUUGGUGCCCUGGUACUUGCAGAAUCACCUCCAAACUCAAUAAUCAAAAACAUCAACCCCAAAAAAGCGCUAGAACAAGACGACAUUGUUGCUUUUUUCAGCAAAGACGAUAUUCCCGGUGACAACAACUUCACCCCUCUCAAUAUCGCUUAUAUCGUAGCAAAGGAAGAAAUUUUUUGCAGUGGCAGAGUUCAAUAUUACGAACAACCAUUGGGCAUUUUAGUUGGCAAAAAUUUUCAAGCCGUCCAAGCGGCUGUUAAGCUCGUGGAAGUGACUUAUGACGGGCCAAAUGUUGAACCGUUACUAUCAGUACGCCAAAUUUUGAAAGCGGGCCGAAAAGACCGAAUUCUAGAAACCAAGACAAUCAAACCGAAACGACGCGGCAAUGACAUCAAACACGUAAUAAAAGGGACUUUUGAUAUCCACCACCAGUACCAUUUCCAUAUGGAAACUCAAUGUUGCAAUGUUGUACCAACCGAGGAUGGGCUUGAUAUCUACCCCUCAAGCCAGUGGAUGGAUUUGACCCAAGUCUCGGCCGCAAACAUGCUCAAAAUCCCAAAUAACAAAAUCAAUGUUUUUGUGCGCCGAUGUGGGGGCGCUUUCGGGGCCAAAAUCAGUCGAAAUGGGCUGGUUUCAUGUGCUGCUGCUUUGGCGUCUUGGAAAUUACGAAAACCGGUCAAAUUAUCGCUGCCUUUGAGCACCAACAUCGCCGCAAUCGGCAAACGGUGGCCGCUUUCAACUGACUACGAAGUCGGUGUUGAUGAUAAGGGGGUCAUACAGUACCUUGACUGCACCCACUAUUCUGAUGUUGGCGCCAUAAGUAACGAGGAUGGUACAGGCGAACUUUUAAACCUGUUCAUGGCUAGUUAUAACCCUGAGACUUUUCACAUUCAAAUGAAUAAAGCAAUCACAGACACUCAUACUAAUACCUGGGCUAGGGCCCCAGGGACCACUGAAGGCCUUGCGGCAAUUGAGGCCAUAAUUGAGCACAUUUCCUAUGUUGUCAAUGUUGAUCCCUUACAAGUACGGCUUGCAAAUUUUCCAAAAAACUCACCGCUUGUAAAAUAUGUCAAUGACAUUAAAUCGUGGGCUAAUCUUGAUCAGAGAAAAAAAGAAAUUGAGACUUUUAACCAGAAUAACAGAUGGAAGAAAAAGGGCCUUGCUGUGGUCCCCAUGGACUACGAAUUGAACCUAGCUGGUCCCUUUGCUACCACAGUGUCUAUUUUCCACGGCGAUGGCUCCGUCCAGAUAUCACACGGAGGGGUUGAAAUUGGACAAGGAAUUAACACAAAAGCUGCACAAGUGUGUGCCUACAAACUAGGCAUCCCUCUUGAGAAGGUUUCGGUGAUUCCGAGUAACAGUUUCGUGGCACCUAACUCAAUGCUGACCGGUAGUAGCAUCACUUCUGAGGCAGUUUGCUAUGGAGUUAUUCAAGCUUGUGACCAACUCCUGGCCCGAAUUGAACCGUAUCGCGAGCAGUCUGGAAAAGUGACUUGGGAAGAGCUAAUCCAGAAGUGUUUCGAAGACUAUGUCAACCUAUCGGCGAGUGGCCAGUUUUCGCCCAAAGAGCCAAACGUGGCCUCGUACCCCAUCUACGGUAUCUGUGCGUGUGAAGUUUUGGUCGACAUUUUGACAGGGCAACACAUAGUGUCCCGAGUCGACCUAGUCGAAGACACCGGACAGUCAAUGAGCCCCGAAAUCGACAUUGGGCAAAUCGAGGGCGCCUUUGUUAUGGGAAUGGGGUACUACACAAUGGAACACAUUGUUUUUAAUUACGAGGGCAAAAUUUUGACCAACAACACUUGGACUUAUCAUCCCCCGGGUGCUAAGGACAUCCCGGUUGAGUUUAACGUCAAGUUUCCGAAAAAUAAUCCCAACCCUGUUGGAGUCCUAAAGUCGAAAGCGACCGGCGAGCCUGCGGUUUGUCUCACAAUAGCAGUUCCUUUGGCAAUUCGAAACGCUGUGGCCUCUGCUAGACUCGACGCAGAUGCUGCCAAUACAAAGUGGUUUCCCUUUGAUUUUUGCAGAUGGGCCAACUAAUGUCGAAAAUGUUUUCAUGAACAGCUCGAAUAGUUACUCGCAAUAUGUUUUGUGAAAUUUGUUUAUGCACUGAUAAAAGAUUUCUAACUAGUGGAGUUAUCAGUGAAAUAUUUAUUUUCACUUGUUUGCA